AUGAGCGCCUCUGUCUGUCUCUACCCAGGAGGGAGUGAGUGUUCUUGGGAUAAGGAGCGUCUAACCAGCCCUCCUGCUGGAUCCCACGGCGUAGGACCAGGAGGAGGAGGACCAGUAGGAGGAGCUGGAGGAGGAGGUGGUGCGGCAGGGGGUGGUGGUGGUGGUGGGAGGGGGCCAGCCAUCGGCGCUGUCAAUCAACAGCAACUCCAGCAGCAACAACAGCUACUGGCUAACAGGUUGGACCUGCCCUUCAUGAUGAUGCCCCACCCUCUGCUGCCCAUGGGGCUGCCGCCUGCCUCUGUAGCCAUGGCGAUGUCACAGAUGAACCACCUCAACACCAUCGCCAACAUGGCCGCAGCAGCCCAGCAGAUACACACUCACGUACACCGCGCGCCUGUUAUCAAGGAGAGAGUGUGCGACAGUCCCUCUCUCUCUCCAUCUGUUGACGAGGCCAACACUCCUCUGCAGUCGCAGCCCAGCAGCUCGGCCUCCAGCUCGCCUGAAAGACUGGGAUUGGUGUCAGCUGAUGCAGAUGUUGCACUGCCCAACCCUGCUGCACCCAUCAAGAAAAUAACAAAGGACAAAGAAGAGUCUUCGCUGGGACAAGCCCUGCCCCCUGGCUUUCCUGCUCCGUUCCUAUUCGCCGACGGCCUGUCGUCAGUGGAGACCCUGCUCACCAACAUACAGGGCCUGUUGAAGGUGGCGGUGGAGAACGCCCGGGUGCAGGACAAACAGAUCCAGGCGGAGAAAAGAGAGCUGAAGAUGGAACUCUACCGAGAAAGAGAGAUGAGAGAGAGUCUGGAACGACAGCUCACCUCCGAACUACAGAGCAGAGCCUCCAUCCAGAAGCGUCUGAAGAAGGAGAAGAAGGCCAAGAGGAAGCUGCAGGAGGCGCUGGAGUUUGAGUCGAAGAGGAGGGAGAGAGUGGAGGACGCUCUGAAACACUCGUCCUCGUCCUCCCCUUCUCCUGAGCCGCUGCACGCCGCCAACAACAACACCAAGAACGACGCUGCUGUAGCCGAGGAUAAACCUGAACUUAAUGGAAACCAGCAAGACAACGGCGCUGUACAAGAAUCCCGGGCGUUUCUGAAGAACCCCAUGAUGUUCUAAGAAGGACAGACUCCGCCUCCAGAAACCCCGCCCCCCCCCACCUUUCCCACCUUUCCUCCUCUGGAACUCCACCAGCCCGUUUCCACAGCAACCACGGCUUGGAUCACCACGGCAACAACCUCCCCAGGCGGGAUUCUAUCUUUGCGACACGCAAACUUUUUUGGCGUUGCUAUGAAACAAUGAGACUACUACGAGACACACACACACACACACACACACACACACACACACACCCCCACACUGGGGUCGUCUCUUUAUUCUCUUUCUUCUUUUUAGACAAACUUUCACUCCAUUCAUUCCUCUUUUUCUCUCCCUGCACCGGGACGUCUCCCAUCCCUCGUUUGUUUUUUGAAAAACUGAUUUAAAAGUGAAAGGAAUCAUUCCCAGAGGAAAAAGGCGAGGAAAGAAAAACUAGAAGAAGUCACGACGAAGCAAAGCGGACUGACGUCAACGCGCUCGAAUCUCGAAUCGACUUGGUUGGACAUCAUGUGGGAUCAAUUUGGGACAUUUAAAAGACUUCAAGACUUUAUAAAAAUGGUCCCAGUGUGACCCACAGGACAAGAAUGGUUUGAUGAACGGACUCAACGUGUGUGAUUUACGUUCCCUAAAAAAUAAUAAUAAUAAUAAUAAUAAUAAUAAUAAUAAUAAUAAUAAAAGAAAAAAGUGUCGAACCCCCUCUGGAUUUGAUUGAACUUCCGUCAACCUCAUUGGCUGGCUGUCAACCCCCUCUGAUUGGACGGUAAUCAGCUAAUCGGAGGAGCUCAGGACUGGAUGAAGAGGGGUUAUCAUAAAAAAAAAAGGAGUGGAGUAAAAAUAUUGGGAAGGGAAAACAACUUAAGUAAAAACAACUCGGGGGGGCUAUUUCGGUCUCUCGUGUUUCAUUCAUUUUUGUUUUCCGUACAGGGACUGAAAAAAAUGCAUGGGAAAACUUUUAUGUUGUCAUUUGGCUUAUUUUAUCCUCCGUACACUCCUUACCUCCAAGUCUCUCUCUCUUCUUUCCCCCUUUUAUACUCUUUUCUUCCUCUUUUUGGCUCCAUUCCUCUCUCUUUUCUAUAAAUUAGCGCCUCUUCCUCUUAUAUCUUCUCACUUUUUUUGCUCAACUCCUCCCCCUUUUCCUUGCUUCUUCUAUAUCUCCUUUAUUUCCUGUUUCUCUCUCUCUCUCUCUCUCUCUCUCUCUCUCUCUCUCUCUCUCUCUCUCUCUCUCUCUCUGUAAGGAGGCAUUACUCUGAAAAUGUUGGAUGCAGCUUUUCAAUGUAUGAAGUAUUUUCUAUCACCCUUAACCUGUGAAAUCAGUUUCUCAAAUGAUGCAAAAGUAAAAAAAAAAAAACAAACCCUUUUUUUAUUACAAUGGAGUGAUUUUUAGACACGAUAUUAUAUCCUAAAAAAAAAGGUACGUUGAAUUCUCUUCCUCGUCUUUGGACCUUUUCACCUUUUGACCCUUGUUUCCCCGUGACCAGAAAGUAGUAGUCAAGUUUCAGGUGUGUGUCAAAUUUAAAGAGGAGGAGCGCUUGAUUUGUCUGUUUUUAAACUGCCCUGAUACAAACGUUGUCAAGACUUUCCACAAAAACAAACACUUAAAUUCAUUUGUUUUUAUAUUUUGGUUGGAUUUGAAAACUUAUUCCAGAUCAUCUGCCUUGAAGUGACAAACUUCAGGUGUGUAAAUCAAGCGCUCCUCAGCUACAUCAAACACGAGAAACUUUUUAUUCCCCUGAUUUUCUGACCUAUAAAGAGUGCAGACUGUUGUGUUGCAGUUUUGUUUAUUCCACUGCGUGUUUUGUUUGUUUAUUUGUUGAUUACUAUUUGAAAUGUGU